AUGGCGGUGGCAGAUCCCCCAUCUUCGCCGCCCAACGCAUCGACCAGCACCGCCGACGCCAUCGCUUACUACAAGUCGCAGUAUGAGCUGCUCGAAGCCGAACUGGCUGAUUUCCAGUCGUCGAGUCGCGAACUGGAGGCCGAGUUGGAGAAGGACAUCGAGGCAUCGGAGAAGAGGGAGCGGAAGCUGAAGGAGAAGGUCGAGAGCCUGGGCUAUGAGGUCGAGGAAUGGAAGACCAAGUACAAGCAGGCUAAGUCAGAGGCCAACUCUGUACAAAGCACGCUGCAGAAAGAGAUCACUACGCUACGAGACUCGAACCGGACACUGCAGCUGAAACUCCGGGAUACGGAGGUGGCCAACGAUGACUUUGAGAGACAAGCUCGCAACACGACCUCUUCUCUGGAAGACAUAGAAUCCAAAUACAACAUAUCUAUCGAGCGAGGUGUGUUGCUCGAGGAAGAGAUCAAGAAUGGCGAGCAGGAACGAGAGAUGCUGCGAAUCAAGGAGCAGCGCCUGCGUGACGAGCUAGCGGAUCUUAAGGUCGAAACCCAUAUCAUCCAGGAGAAAUUGCGAAAAGCCGAAGCUGCUCUGGAACGAAAGGCAAAGUUUUCGUUACUGGAAUCGACUUCAACGAACGGAAUCGGCCAUCGCCUCGACGCCGCAGACCAUUCACCAGCAACGACUACCUCUUCGCCCAUCGCAACGCCGCUGACCAAGUCUGCAUCUUCUGUUGCUUCCGAGAUCGCUACACCACCAUCACCACCAUUCUCUGAGUCGUCUACCAACGGGGCAUUCAGGGGUGCUACCCCAAAUAUGUCUCGAUCUCGUGUCUCUAUAUCCGAGUCAAAUGGUGUGCCAAAGCAUCAGAAGUCGGCUUCUCGAUCUUCACGGCACUCUCGAGUUCCAUCGGUAUCUAUGAGCAGCACAACCGGCCGCAUUACCCCAUCUGCAGGACGGCAACCUACUUCGAAUGGCCUCCCCAAGUCAAGUUCCCUAUACCAAAUCCGAGGACUGAUCGGGAAGAUGCAAAAGCUAGAGGAGCGUGUCCAGUCUGCACGAUCGCGACUACCAGCACCGGUGGAUACGCCACCCCGAGCAUCUCCUCGCACCGGCUCUGCCAUGGGCGGCCCAGCAUACAACAUGCCUUCAUCUGUAACGGUCCGCAGCAAUAGGAAACGAUCGAGCGGUAGUGUGGCCAGUAGCUCAAAGGACAAUAACGAGAUGCCGCACACACCGGUGACCCCUGGGGCCCGAAUUUCCCAAGGACGAGGCUCGUUUGGACUUCCAGCACCAUCUCAGUCAACACCAUCGCGACCAGAAAGUCGCACCAGACACUAUACCAGCAACUCGCUGAACAUGAGCAUGGCCAACAUUUCCGACAACCACCACCACCAUAGCCAUAACCAUAAUCAUAGCCAUCAGCAUCACCCAUCAGUUAGCAGCACUAGUAGCGGCGGCGGCCUUCGACGCCCUCGCUCAUCACUAAGCAACUACAACCCAUCCGCCAGUAUGUCGUAUAUCGACGAAGAUAACGCUGAGAUGGACCUGAGUAUGCACACGCCCACACCACGACGCUACGAUAGCGUCGGGUCUGGCAGCUCCAUCCCAACUCCCGCAGUGCUGAGACGAACUAGCGGCGGGAUGUCUUCUAUACCAACACCAGCAGGCCUGACACCUCGACGGACCAGCUCGGCCAUCGGAAGGAGAGAAGGCGAUAUGGCUCCGCCGUCAGCUGGCAGAAAGAAGGCGAGCAUCACGCCUCGACCGUCUUCGUCUCUCGGUAGCCUAGGUGAGACAUAUUAA